CCUCCGGGGUUUCCAGUCAUUGAUUUAUUUCUGAAGCCGUGGUGUGAUUGGGGGAGAGAGAGGUUCUUUUGCCAGGGCGGGUAUGGUGGGUCGGGUGAUGCGGGCUUGUGGGUGAGCGCGGGAUUAUUUGCUGGGCGUGGAGCAGAGUGCCGCGCCGUGCUGCGACUGCCGGUGCAGCGAGUUGGUGGCGGGAGUGAGAAGCAGCGGCGGGUUCCGCACGGACCGGAGCCCUGCACCAUGCUGCAGAGCCAGGCUGGAGUUAACGACAGCGUCUCGACCGUGGGCAACCUGCAGCAGGCGCCUCCGCCGCCACCACCACCCGCAGCGCCCCCGCCACCGGGUAGCGUCCGCAACCGGGAACGGGAGCCUCCCCUCAGCUCCGCCUACAGUGGCUCGGAGGCCAGCAGCGACGACGAGGAUGACCUGGUGGUGCCCCCGGCCCCGGUUGACAGGCGCGGGGUGAAGCGUCGGGUGUCGGACAUGGAGGCAGCGGUCGGCUUGACCGGUCACGACCCGAGCCUGGACUGCGGUGGCGGCCCGGGGCUGGCCGCGGGCAGCGGCGGCGGCGGGGCUUACGGGGUAGUUGCCGCGGGAGGCCCCGCAGCUGCAGCGGCCGGGCUGAAACCGGGCAAGAAAACGCGAGGCAGAGUGAAGAUCAAAAUGGAAUUCAUCGACAACAAGUUGAGGAGAUACACGACUUUCAGCAAGAGGAAGACGGGCAUCAUGAAGAAGGCCUAUGAACUUUCCACGCUGACAGGCACGCAGGUGCUGCUCCUGGUGGCUAGUGAGACAGGGCACGUGUACACCUUUGCCACCCAGAAACUGCAGCCGAUGAUCACCAGUGAGACGGGCAAGGCGCUGAUACAGACGUGUCUAAACUCCCCAGACUCCCCGCCGCGCUCUGACCCCACUACGGAUCAGCGGAUGAGCGCCACGGGGUUCGAGGAAACUGAUCUCACCUAUCAGGUAUCGGAGACCGACAGCAGUGGAGAAAACAAGGACAGUCUGAAGCCAACCACCUUCACUGUGACCAACGUUCCCGGGUCAAAGGGAGUCAACCAGUUGGCCUCCAACACCUCUACCAACCUGCAGGUUAGCACUGGCCACAGCUUCCCCAUCACCAACUAUCUGGCUCCAGUUACCGCCAUCACCAACAGCAAUGGCACCGUCUUCAAACCAGCCGUCACCGGCACCUCUGGCAGCAUGGUGCAGAUCCCCAGCGGGUUCACUCUCAUGUCAGGCACGUCACUGCCAGGGACGCCCUCCAUCCCGAUCGGUCAGUUGCAGCAACACUCACUGACCAUCCCGGGUCAGCAGGGUCAGAUGAUGAGCGGUCAGUCGCAGCCAGGACAGCAGACGGUCUUUCGCCUCCCGGCGUCCGCAGGCGGUCAGAUUGUCUCCAUCGCAGGAGGUGCCAUGGCCCAGCAGGUCCCCUUGCAGACGAUCCAGCUGCACCAGUCGCCGGCACAGGUCAGUGUGCAUCAGUCAACACAGCACACGGCCACCAUCAGUGACAGCAACUCCGAGAUCUCUCAGGCCUCAACGAGCGGGACAAUGACGCUGCCAGCAACAAUCGUCACUUCAUCUGCACCCACUUCAAUGGCCAGUCAUGUGAUGUACCCGAGUCCCCACGGUACGGUUAUGUACACGUCCAGCCCCAGCCUGUCGGACGGACUUGCUGUUCUCAAUGCCUUUUCGCAGCCAUCUUCGGGGAUGCAAGUAUCGCACAGCCAGAUGCAGGAGCAGGGUGGUGUACCUCAGGUUGUGUUGACUGCUCCCACGGGCACUGUCCAAAUCCCACUGUCAGCUGUCCAGCUCCACCAGAUGACAGUGAUUGGCCAACAAUCCAGCACUGGUAGUCUGACAGAGCUUCAGGUGAGCAGCCUGGAGACCACACACAACAACAAGCUGGCCCAGAAUGACUGACGACUGCUGGCAAGGACCCAAGAGGAGCACCAUCUAUUUAAACUAGAAACUGCCUGCUAUAUUUAUUUAUUUUUGCUUCCCUCAGCCCUGCUUUAUUCAGAAAGAAUGAAUGGAGCUUUUUUCUAAAUCAAUGUGAAAUUAUUGACUGCCUGAGGUUUAUCUUUUUUCAUAAUUGAAAGCGAUUUGCACGCUGUGGACCCACAUCAGGCUUCAGCCAAAGAUUCACACUGUUGUGAAGGCCGUGUAAAUACAACCUCACUCCUCUCCCUGCUCCUUGGAGGGACAAAGUCUUCUGACAAAACUUUGUUGCAGAUGUGUCUAGUUUUGUGGCAACUCAGCUUUUAGCUACAGAUUUUGAAUGUGGCUGGGUGGGGACUGUGUCCAGGCCUGGAUCUGUCUGGUUCUCUUGGAUUUUUGGUGCCUGCCCUCUGGGCUACAGUUUAACUUUGCAGAAUAUGGGCACUGAAGUUUCCACAAUUCUCUCUCAACAAUUAUUUUGUUGUUAUAUUUGUACUGAAAAUAAAAUUGUUGGAGGGAUCUAUGUGUGUGUAUAAUAUAUGUAUGUUUCUGUGUAUUUUAUAUAUAUAUGUGUAUAUGAAAUACACACAUAUAAUAUACACAUAUGCACACGUGUGCUCAUGUAUACAUACCCACACACACAGAAGUAUUUAGAAUAUGCUUUUAAUUGAAAUUAUGUGAAUUUUGAUUGGUAAUUUGUAUUAAAUUGGUUGACCUAUUGGAGUGGCCAUUUGGUGGGGGGGACAGACGGGAAACAGGGUCAAUGGUCUCAUCCUUGCAGCAGAGGUGUGUAAAUAAGGCACUUACUGCUGCUGGUGGUUUCCAGUGACUGAAACCCAGCUGGAAGAAGCAGCCAAGCACACAGUACGGCAGCAUUGAUCAGAUUGGCUGCGUAUCCCCAUUGCAAGAUAGGGGUAGGAUCCAAAUUGGAUACAAGCCUUCCCAUCUCCCCCACACCCAACAACAGUCAGGUAAAUGAGAUUGGCUACUCAGAUGUAUAGGGGCAUCUUGGGGUUCUAGUCCAUAGCUCCCUGAAAGUGGCUGCACAAGGUAAUAGGGCAUAAAGAAGGCAUAUAGCAUGCUUUCCUUCAUCACUGAAAUUAUUAAGUUCAAGUCAGGAGUAUUUAAUUCAGUUCAGGUUGCUCCAUUAUAAGAAGAAUGUAAUGGCUUUGAAGAGGAUGCAGAAGAGGUUUACCAGGAUGCUACCUGGAUUAGAGAGCAGGUGCUAUAAGGCAAGGUUGGACAAACUUGGUUUUCUCUGGAACAAUGAAGGCUGAUAGAAGUUUAUAAGAUUAUGAGAGGCACAGAUAAACAGCUGAUAACUUUUUCCCCAGGGUCAUAAUGUCUAAUAUAGAGGGCAUGAAUUUAAGGUGAGGUGGGGGGGGUAAGUUCCAAGGAGAUGUGCGGGGCAGGUAUUUUUUACCACAGCAAAUGAUGGUGCUUGGAGCAGGCUACCAGGUCUGCUGUUGGACACAGAUAUGAUCGAGGCCUUUAAGAGGCUCUUAGAUAAGCACAGGAAUGUGCAGAGAGUGUAGGGGUGUAGAUCAUCUGCAGCCAGAAGGAAUUGAUGUAAUUAAGCAUCAUUAGCUUAAUUAGGGGCUGAAUAGCCUACCCUUGUACUGUAUCAUUUGAUAUUCUAAAUCCUCCCCCCUACUCUCUUGUGCUGUAAUAUUUGAUGUUCUAAAUCCCCCUCCAUGAGAAGAGAGCAACAAUGGGAUUGGUUGCAGUUUGUGCUCAUUUGGGCAAAGGCAGGAUCAGUAUUGGUUGUGUUUCACUCCACCCACUUUAAGGAGUAGUGUUAAGAUUAGUUGCAUUUCCUCUUUUGAGCAGGACAGGAACAAGGCUGGCUAUAAAGUUGAGUGCAAGAAGUCUAGCUUAUAGUCUGCUUGUCCUUGGUGUCCCAGCUAUUGGAUGUAGAAUUAUAAUUUAGUGUUCUAAAGUCUCAUUCAGGCCCCUGUGAGAGGGAAGACCCUGGGUUGGUCUUUGCCUGGGAUAAAAGAGUAGGCACUUGCACAGACCUCUCGCUGCAUGAGAUUUUGAUCAUGAUUUGUAUCUGUGUUUGGAGGAUUGGUGAUCCUGGAAGUCCCCUGCUACUUGUAUCAUAAUUUGUUGAAUGAACUGAUAAGCUGAUCAAUAUGGUGGGCAGGAAAGUUGCUGCUACUGUGAAGCUUGUAGCCUGGGAGGGAUCAUUCAUCAUGCAGUUGAAAGGGAGGGGUAAGGCUGACUCUUGAUGACUGGGCUGCUGAGCAGCAACUCUGGCAUUCCCCCAUCCCAACACGACGUGCUUGUGGGGUAAUCUGCUUCUGUGCACCCACUGCCCAAGAUACCAGCCUUGAAACCAUGGCCACUGACCUGUUCCUGGCACCUGACUUUCCCUGCCUUUCUUGGCUCCUUCAGUGAUUGGCCCCAUUGCAAGCUGCUGCUUUUUUGGUGCUAUGAAGGGAGGCGUUUUCAUAGGAAGCGGCCACUACUUUUUAUAAAAUGCCUUGAAAGAGAGAGUUUAUUUUUAUAGGUGUUUAUUCAGUAUUUAUGUAUUACAGAGAAGAUGAGAAAAACACUUGUAAAUUGUAUUUGCAGUUUUUAUGUGUAUGAGUUUGUAUCACGCGGGGCAGGGGAGGGCUGUGUGUUUUUUAACAAAUUUUUUCACAGUAUAAAACUAUUGCCAUGAGUUGCAAUUUAAGGAGCGGUGUGUGUCACCAAGCAGAUGGUUCCCUGACAUGCCUGAUUUUGGUGUGAUUUACACGGUGAAAGCUUUUUAAUAAAAGAAACAAAUUUUUAUUGUUUUGUUUUCA